ACAACCACCCGCUCACUUGAUGGAAGUUCUCCAGAGAUUCUUCUGCAAAGGCCUUUUGUGUACUUUGGACAAACAUACAACAACAUUUAUGUCAACCACAACGGACACUUGACCUUUAAUUCGCCAUAUUCCUCAUAUAUGCCUCAAAGAUUUCCACUCUAUGGACCUAUAGACUUAAUUGCUCCAUUCUGGACAGAUGUAGACAUCAGACAAACUGGUUUGGUCCUCUACAACCAAUACACCAACAGCAGUGUCCUCCAACAAGCUACACGGGACAUUAAUAGCUACUUCCCAAACCUAAACUUCAGUGCUGACUGGGUCUUUGUGGCAACAUGGUAUGAAGUGCCCUAUUAUCCAAUGACAGCAACAAAAACAACUUUCCAAGCCGUGUUGAUCUCUGGAGGCCAGAAAUCCUUUGUUCUCUUUAACUACGGUUCACUUGCCCCAACAGUUUGGAAUGUUCAGGCUGGAUAUGACACCAUAAACUCUUUUCACCAUUUCACCAUUCCUGGAUCUUUCUCAAGUUCUGCAACAGGAAACAACUCCACUUUCAGUCUCGGCAGCAACGUCAAUGUAACGGGUCGCUGGGCCUUCCAAAUCGACAGCGGUCCAGAUGGAUGCGUGUUUGAUGGCACACGUGUUCAGUUGGGUGAUGUCUUCUGGAGCGACAGCAACUGCACACAGAAAUGCACCUGCACCACAUCGGGCAUUCAUUGUAUCAGCGAGCUCUGCUCUUUCCCUGAAAUCUGCGUAGCGACAAACUUUCAGUUCCUCUGCUUCAACGUCUCAGUUCCCGCCCCAGUUACAAGCCCACCAAUUACAACCACAUUGCCUCCUACAGUAAUAAUCCCAAAUAAUGUGACACAUCUAAGUCAUUUUUAUCCCAUUUCUGGAGCCACAACCACCCGCUCACUUGAUGGAAGUUCUCCAGAGAUUCUUCUGCAAAGGCCUUUUGUGUACUUUGGACAAACAUACAACAACAUUUAUGUCAACCACAACGGACACUUGACCUUUAAUUCCCCAUAUUUCUCAUAUAUACCUCAAAGAUUUCCACUCUAUGGACCUAUAGACUUAAUUGCUCCAUUCUGGACAGAUGUAGACAUCAGACAAACUGGUUUGGUCCUCUACAACCAAUACACCAACAGCAGUGUCCUCCAACAAGCUACACGGGACAUUAAUAGCUACUUCCCAAACCUAAACUUCAGUGCUGACUGGGUCUUUGUGGCAACAUGGUAUGAAGUGCCCUAUUAUCCAAUGACAGCAACAAAAACAACUUUCCAAGCCGUGUUGAUCUCUGGAGGCCAGAAAUCCUUUGUUCUCUUUAACUACGGUUCACUUGCCCCAACAGUUUGGAAUGUUCAGGCUGGAUAUGACACCAUAAACUCUUUUCACCAUUUCACCAUUCCUGGAUCUUUCUCAAGUUCUGCAACAGGAAACAACUCCACUUUCAGUCUUGGCAGCAACGUCAAUGUAACGGGUCGCUGGGCCUUCCAAAUCGACAGCGGUCCAGAUGGAUGCGUGUUUGAUGGCACACGUGUUCAGUUGGGUGAUUUCUUCUGGAGCGACAGCAACUGCACACAGAAAUGCACCUGCACCACAUCGGGCAUUCAUUGUAUCAGUGAGCUCUGCUCUUUCCCUGAAAUCUGCGUAGCGACAAACUUUCAGUUCCUCUGCUUCAACGUCUCAGUUCCCGCCCCAGUUACAAGCCCACCAGUUACAACCACAUUGCCUCCUACAGUAAUAAUCCCAAAUAAUGUGACACAUCUAAGUCAUUUUUAUCCCAUUUCUGGAGCCACAACCACCCGCUCACUUGAUGGAAGUUCUCCAGAGAUUCUUCUGCAAAGGCCUUUUGUGUACUUUGGACAAACAUACAACAACAUUUAUGUCAACCAUAAUGGACACUUGACAUUUGAUGCCUCAUAUUCCUCAUUUACACCUCAAAGAUUUCCACUCUACGGAAUCAGAGACUUAAUUGCUCCAUUCUGGACAGAUCUGGACAACAGACAAACUGGUUUGGUCCUCUACAACCAAUACACCAACAGCAGUGUCCUCCAACAAGCUACACGGGACAUUAAUAGCUACUUCCCAAACCUAAACUUCAGUGCUGACUGGGUCUUUGUGGCAACAUGGUAUGAAGUGGGCUAUUUUGGAACUGCCGGAACAAAAACAACUUUCCAAGCCGUGUUGAUCUCUGGAGGCCAGAAAUCCUUUGUUCUCUUUAACUACGGUUCACUUGCCCCAACAGUCUGGAAUGUUCAGGCUGGAUAUGACACCAUAAACUCUUUUCACCAUUUCACCAUUCCUGGAUCUUUCUCAAGUUCUGCAACAGGCGACAACUCCACUUUCAGUCUGAGCAGCAACGUCAAUGUAACGGGUCGCUGGGCCUUCCAAUUGGACAGUGGAGUAAGAGGCUGCCAGUUCAAUGGUGAACCUGUGCAGCUGGGUGAUUCUUUUUGGAAUGAUUCCAGCUGUGCACAGAAGUGCACGUGCACCAGAGCCGGCCUGCAGUGCUCUAACCAGCCCUGCUCCUUCUCCCAAGUCUGCAUGCCAGCUUCCUUUCAGUUCUCCUGCCAGACGGUGCCGAGACGCACCUGCACUAUCAGUGGCGAUCCACAUUACUACACCUUUGAUAAUAAAGUGUUUAGCUUUCAAGGCACCUGCACCUAUGUUCUGUCAGAACAAUGUCAGAAUGAGCUGCCCUAUUUCAGAGUAGAGGGCAAAAACGAACACUUUGGAAACACUCGUGUAUCCUGGACAGGACUUGUCAAAGUUUUCGUCUAUAAUGAAACUAUUGAGCUCGUCAAAAGAACCACUGGCAAAGCAAAGGUUAAUGGCAACUUUGUAGCGACUCCGUUUUCCCUCCUCCAGGACCGUAUCCAGGUCUAUCAGUCAGGCAUGUCAAUGAUUGUCAGCACCAACUUUGGCUUGAUGGUAGCCUACGACAUAAGUUAUUAUCUCCGUAUCAGUCUGCCCUACACGUACCAGAAUGCAACAUGUGGUCUAUGUGGAAACUUCAACAAUGAACCUGGAGAUGACCUCCGAACUCGCGAUGGCGAGGUCGUCAGCUCUGAUGUCGUUUUUGCUAACAGCUGGCGAGCUUCUGGUGAUGAGGAUCCUGGUUGUGAUGCACAGUGUGAAGGUCUGGAAUGUGCUGGCUGCACUGCAGCUCAGACUGCAUUAUACAGCAACAAUGACCACUGUGGCAUCCUUCAGAACAGCUCUGGACCUUUUGCAGCAUGCCACCAAACACUUCCCCCACAGAACUUUGUGGACAGUUGUGUUUAUGAUGUGUGCGUUGGUGGAGGAUACCAACCCAUUCUGUGCCAAUCUUUAGGUGUAUAUGCAAGUCAGUGUCAACAAAAUGGUAUCCAACCUCAAAACUGGAGAAGACCUGGCUUCUGUGAAAUCCCCUGCCCAGCCAAUAGCCACUAUGAGUCUCAAGCAACUGGAUGUCCACCCACCUGUGUUAAUCCUAACUCCACCCAAAACUGCCCCCUUCCUGUUCAGGAGAGCUGUGUCUGUGAUACCGGCUAUGUCCUCAGUGCUGGAGAGUGUGUUCCUUAUGCUGAGUGUGGCUGCCGCUUUGAGGGUUUCUAUUAUCGAUCAGGACAGACUGUUAUACUGGAUGAAGACUGUGGGAGGCGCUGUAGCUGCACCGCUGGCUCAAUGACAUGCAGCCCCCAUGGCUGUGGCCCACAUGAAUCCUGCAGUGUGGAUGAUGGAGAAAGAGGAUGCAGGCCUAAUGGUUACGCCACAUGCUGGAUCAGGGGACCAGGGUCCUAUCAAACAUUUGAUGGACUGACAUAUCAGUAUCCUGGAGCAUGCAGACUAAUCAUUGCUAAAGAAAUGGGAUUGUCUGGUCACCCACACUUCAACGUGAUAACAGAAAAAGUACCAAACAUCCUGCAAGGUUUUUCAAAUGUUUUAAAGGUUCGGGUCCAGGAAACAGAAGUCACCAUCAACAUGGACAACAACAAAGUCUGGGUUGAUGGUCAGCUUUACAAAUUACCUUUCACUUCUGGAUCCAACCAAAUCCGCAUCUUCCAUAGCAACACUCACAGCAUCAUCCUUCGCACAUCUUUUGGUUUGACCGUGCAAACCGUCUGGCCUCACUUUGUUCGUGUCACUGCACCUGUAGUGUACAGCAGCUCACUUGGUGGACUCUGUGGAAACUACAAUGAUGAGCCCAACGAUGACUUUCAAACACCAAAUGGAACCCUGGUCCACAGUUCUCAGGUGUUUGGAGACAGCUGGAGAGAAGGCUCCCUGGCAUCUCACUGUGUGGAGAACACAGUUUUUAACCCUCUUAAUUACAGUUCAACUGAAUUCUGUGGCAUCCUGAGUUCACCACAUGGUCCAUUUACACCAUGCUGGCCUGUGGUGGACCCUUCACAGCAAGUGGACGUGUGUGUGGACAUCCUCCGUAGAUCUGAAGAUCCUGAAUCAACACUGUGUGAGGUUCUACGAGAUUAUGCUCUGAUGUGUCAACAACAGGGGGUUUCUCUGGGAGAGUGGAGGAAUACAACUGGCUGUGCGGCAACUUGCCCUUCAAACAGCCAUUAUGAACUCUGUGGGACAUCCUGUCCCUCCACCUGCCCCAGUCUCUCUUUCCCCUUCAGCUGUGACUCUCCAUGUCAGGAUGGAUGUCAGUGUAAUGAUGGCUUUGUCCUCAAUGGAAACCAGUGUGUGCCACCAACAUCCUGUGGAUGCUACCAUGAAGGGCGCUAUUGGCAAAGUGGUCAACAGUUUUGGGAUGGAGAAGAGUGUCAGAGUUUGUGCAGCUGUAACGGUGUGACUGGUGUGGUCAGUUGUGUGCCACACUCUUGUGGUCCCGAUGAGGCAUGUCGAGUGGUAGAUGGCGAGUUUGGUUGCCAUCCCAACCCUCAUGGUACCUGCUCUGCCUCUGGAGACCCCCACUACUUGACAUUUGAUGGAAAGACCUACGAUUUCCAAGGAACGUGUCGCUAUGUUCUAGCAGAGGUCUGCAAUUCGUCCAGUGGGCUCCAUCAGUUUUCUGUGGAGGCAAAGAAUGAGCCGUUGAAUGGGCUGCCCGUGUCCAUCACAGCUGAAGUUGCUGUUAGUGUGUGGGGCUACAAAGUGUGGAUGUUUAGCAAUAACAGAGUAGAGGUUGAUGGAAUAACAAGAAACCUACCAUUCGUUUUGAAUGGGACCAUAUCUGUAUUUGCAAGUGGAUAUCAAACAUUUGUUCGUACAAGUUUUGGUCUAAGCGUCAUGUAUGAUGGAUGGAGCACGGUGUCUAUCUCUGUACCUCCAGAUUACAGAGGGAACAUGUGUGGACUUUGUGGAAAUUUCAACGACAAUCCAAAUGAUGACUUCCACACCCCUGAUGGAGCAGCAGUCACCACACCUGAUGCUUUUGGGGCAGCCUGGAAAGUACCAGGCAACUACACCUGCAGUGAUGGCUGUGGCUCCUCCUGUCCACGCUGCACUAACGAUCAAGCCGCCAGAGUUCAGUGUGAGGUGAUUCAGGCAGCUGACGGCCCCUUCAGCUUCUGUCACGAGCACGUGGAUCCAGCACCGUUUGUCAGCGACUGCGUGUUUGACGUUUGCGUGGGUGGGAAUGCUGGAAACGACCUUCUGUGCAGGGCCAUUGAGACAUAUGUGAGCGCAUGUCAGUCUGCUAAUGUCCGGAUCUAUCCUUGGAGACAAAACACCACCUGCAGCAUCAACUGUCCAGCAAACAGCCACUAUGAGCUGUGUGGAACAGACUGUGGCCGCACCUGUGCCAGCAGCACUGAUGCCACCUGUGAGCAUGCUUGCUCAGAGGGAUGUUUCUGUGAUGAGGGCUUCGUCAGAAGUGGUACAACAUGUGUUCCUGAGGGGAGCUGUGGAUGUCAAUAUGAUGGCUUUUAUUACAGCGUGGGACAGUCUUUCUGGAAAGAUGGUUGCUCUGAGCUUUGUGAAUGUUUUGCCUCUGAUGUUGUGCACUGUGCCGCUGCAUCAUGCACUGCUGCACAACAGUGCACCAUCAAGGGUGGCCAGCUGGGCUGUUAUGAUGGGAUGUCCACCUGCACUGUCUGGGGAGACCCCCAUUACAUCACCUUUGAUGGCGCCCUGGCUCAUUUCCAGGGAACGUGCUCUUAUAUCAUUACUGAGACUGGGAGUCAUGGCAACAAUCACACCCAGUUUGAGGUUGUAGCCACCAACAAUCACCGUGGCAACAACCAUGUGUCCUUUGUGUCAUUAGUGGACAUACAUUUCUCUAAAGAUGCAGAGAGUGUGCAUGUAAGGAUUGGACCAAACAGAAGAGUGAAGGUAGAUGGAUCUGAUGUGUCUCUUCCCACGACUGUAGGAGCCAUAGCCCAACUGACCUUAUUGUCCAAUUUGAUGGUCAGAGUACUCUAUUGGUCAGAAUGAGUCAGUACUAUCAGAACAAAGUCAGUGGGAUGUGUGGGAACUUCAACGGAUCCUUCAGAUGAUAAAGUAAAACCGAGUGGCACACUCGCCCAAAAUGACACUGAGUUUGGACACAGCUGGAAGUCACCAACCAGUCAGCCAGGAUGUGGAUCCACUGAUGAAAUAAAAGGAGAUGGACACUGUCGUUUUUCACAAGAAUACUCUGAACUCUGCAGCAUCAUCACCAACACCAGUGGUCCAUUCAGUGCCUGUCACCUGCACUCUGACCCACAGCCGUUUUUCUCUUCUUGUGUCUAUGAUCUCUGUCUCUACACUCCAGCCAAUGGCAUGCUGUGUUCUGCAGUUUCAGCCUAUGAGAAAACUUGCACUGUUUUAGGCUUGAACAUCCCCGAAUGGCGCCCUGCUUUGCACUGUGCUGAGUCAGAUCCCUGUGAACAGCUGAACUGCACAGAGAAUGAGUGGUGUGGAGAGAAACAUGGUGCGUACGGCUGCUUCUGUGAUGAGCACCAUCAUAGACCAAACAAUGACAGCUACGACUCAUCUAUUACUUGUGAAAGCAGUUCAGGCACAAUGUCUGUGUCUCGCUGUCAACUGUUUGAAGCCGGCUUUCACUCCAGUGCUCUCCAUCUUCGCGAUAGCUCUUGCAAUGGGAUUCUUCAAGAUGGAAGACUGGUUUUCCACUUUGACAACAAUAAUCAUCUUUGUGGCACCGUUCUCAGGAGCAAUGGAACCCAUUUCAUAUACGAGAACGACAUUCAGAGUGAAACAGCUCCUCCUGGAACUUUAAUCAGUCGUCAGAAGAAACUCAAGCUGUGUUUUAGCUGUGCUUAUCCACUUUCCCAGGCUCAGUCUAUGGAUGUGGGCAUCAACCCUGUGGAAAGUAUAUUGAAGAAGAAGCUUCCAGCUGGCAGAGGUUCUUAUCACAUAAGGAUGACCUCCUAUAUGGAUGCAGACUUUCACUUUCCCUUUACAAGUGAAACAGACAUAGAAGUAGAUGAGAAGCUUUAUGUGGAGGUGCAGACUGAAGGGGUGGAUCAACACCAACUUGCCACCAUUCUUGACUCAUGUUGGGCGACACCAGUCAACACUGAAGACUACUCUGUCCGCUGGGAUCUCAUUACUAAUGAAUGUCCUAAUCCAGAUGAUGGUACAGUUGAGCUGAUUCAGAGUGGCAUCUCCACAGUGGCUCGUUUUUCCUUCAGGAUGUUCACUUUUACCAACUUUACUUCAAUUUUCAUUCACUGUAAUGUCCACUUGUGUCUCCUGAAUGGUAGCGAUUGCACUCCUCAAUGUUACCCAAAUCACAGGAGAUUCCAAAGGGAUUUGUCUCAUUAUGACUCACAACCCAUUUCCUUUGGACCUGUCGGCAUGAAGAAAUAUGACAGAAAACUCAAGACAAGCCGCGCUCCGGGACAGCUGACAUCAGUCUUCACUGUGGUUGUUACUUUGCUGGCAGCCAAAACUCUAAUCCUGUGAGAUUCCAGGGACAAAACUUUACAUGUUUUAAACCUUUUUGGUUUUUUUAAACUUAGUUGUAUCUGAGGGGUUUAAUUACUGGGUUUGUUCUUUUUGUAAUGUUGUCUAAAGUAGAGGCUUUUAAGAUGAACUGACAUUUUAUCUCUUCAUUCACUCCUGAAUGUAUUUCUAUUGAUUAAAAACACUUAAUUCUGUGUGAUUUUUAGGGUUUAGGUAUGUUUAAUGCAGACAUAGGCUAUAGUACAUGUCCAAUCAAUAAAGUUACUUUUUCUUGUCAACUCUC